AUGGUGGUCAAUUUGAAUAUUGCCCUCUGGAGAUUAAAAAGAUUAAUUAAUAAACGUUUUUUACAAAUUGUAUUAAUAUCUAUUUUUCUUAUCACUCUUCUAUACCAAUUCAAUAAGUCUAAUUUAACACAAAAUACAAUAUUUAUUGACUACACGAAAACGUCUAAGGAAUGGAUCGCCCAUCAAAUAGACAAUAACUCAAACAAUGUUUCAAAUUUAUCUGAAUUCAAUCGAAAAUUGUUUUCUAUCUUAUCAGAAUUUAAACCUGUUGAACUACCACAAGAUGAAUCACUUUUUAUCAAUCAAGAGAAGUGCAAAAAGGGUGAACAUACAGUAAAUGAUGAAGAAGGUUUGGAGACAUUGUCUUAUAAUUCAUUAAGCGCAUGUUUUAAUCUAACACCGGAGUAUAAGCAGAAUUUAAAAGUAAUGCAUCAAAAUUUUGUUAAAACAAUCAAAGAGAUUCCAAAGCACAUGCCUGAGACUCUUUUUAAUAAAGAUAAAGGUAUAGUCACGGUCGGUGGUGGUAAAUACUCCAUUAUCUUAGUGACUAUGUUACCAAUUCUAAGAAUGAGUGGGAAUACAUUACCUGUUGAAAUUUUUAUUCCAAUGUCUGAUGAAAAGUAUGAUAAAGAUUUUUGUGAAAAUUUUGUUCCACAAUAUAAUGCAACAUGUGUUUAUAUGUCGAAGUUUUUAUCGGAUGAAAUUGUACAAGAAUUAAAUAUCUCAGGGUAUCAAUACAAAUUAUUAGCUUUAUUAUUAUCGGAUUUUAAAAAUAUUCUAUUCUUAGAUUCAGAUAAUUAUGCUUUGACUAACAUUGAUGAUAUUUUUGAUAAGUAUAUAUAUAAAGAGACUGGUUUAAUCCUUUGGCCGGAUCUUUGGAGAAGACAAACAUCACCGGAUUGGUAUGAUAUUGCAGGCCUUGAGUAUAACCUGACUCAAAGAGUCAGAUUUUCCUUAGAUGAUUUAACUCCACCAUCCCAGUAUAUCAACCCGGAAGAAAAUUCCCUUGAGUAUAUCAAAGAACAUAUUCCAUUUCAUGAUUUAGAAGGGACUUUACCAGAUUUGUCAUCUGAAUCUGGACAACUUCUUAUUAAUAAAGUCGAUCAUUUUGAUACUUUAUUACUAGCUCUAUACUAUAACAUCUAUGGACCUUCAUGGUAUUAUACAUUAUUUAGUGAACAUGGAAGCGGUGAAGGUGAUAAAGAGACAUUUAUUGGUGCAGCUUUUUCGCUUCACAAACCUUAUUAUCAAGUCAAGACUCCUAUCACAUUCAGUAGCUACAUCUCUGAUGGAUUUAAAGGUGUGGGUUUACUGCAGCAUGAUUAUGCACAAGACUACGAAUUAUAUCAGUUAGCUAAGGAACAGAUACAAAUGAGUCAUUUAUCAGACUUUAAAUAUGAUCCUGAUUAUCAUGUUGAAAAAUCUUUUGUAGAUAAAUUUUUUAAGACAAACAAAUAUGGUAAUGAUCGUUGUGAUGUAUUAUUUGUUCAUGCAAGUUUUUUCAAGUUUAACCCCUUUACUUUAUACUACAACAAAGCCUUUUUGGAUACUGAAGGUAAGCAUGUAAGAGGCUUUAGUAAUACACAUUUAUUUCGUAAUUUUCCAGAAUUUGAAUUAAUUAAUUUCAAACAAAUUAAGGAAAUCUUUUGUGAUACAGAAACGUUCAAGUUCCCAUUCUUAGAUAUGGAGUAUGAAGCAGCAGGUAAAAAUAAUGGACAUUCUGCUGAAACAGAGAAACGAAAUAUUUGUAAAUAUAUCGAUGAUCAUAUUACUUUUUUGGAAACAAAUCCUAUAAAAACGGAACAAUGA